UUAUAUUUGGGUUCUGCCUACUGAGCCGGGAGUCUGGGAACUACAACUCCCAGAGUGCUGAGCGGAUGCACGCUCUGCUUUUAGGUGUAAGCCGCAAACAUCUUGGACCCCGGGAGAAUCCGCGUUGAAGCACAGAGCAUUUAGCUCCUCUGUCAGAAUGAAUGGGGACCAGAAACUGGAUGUUCAUAACCAAGAAAAGCAGAAUUUCAUCCAGCACUUCUCCCAGAUUGUCAAGGUGCUGACUGAGGAUGAACUGGGACACCCAGAGAAGGGAGAUGCUAUUACCCGGAUCAAAGAGGUCCUGGAGUACAACACUGUAGGAGGCAAGUACAAUCGGGGUCUGACGGUGGUACAGACCUUCCAGGAACUGGUGGAACCAAGGAAACAGGAUGCUGAGAGCCUACAGCGGGCCCUGACGGUGGGCUGGUGUGUAGAACUGCUCCAGGCUUUCUUCCUCGUGUUAGAUGACAUCAUGGACUCUUCCCACACUCGCCGGGGGCAGAUCUGCUGGUAUCAGAAGCCGGGCAUAGGCUUGGAUGCCAUCAACGAUGCUCUGCUUCUGGAAGCCGCUAUCUACCGCCUGCUUAAGUUCUACUGCAGGGAGCAGCCCUACUACCUCAACCUGCUGGAGCUCUUUCUACAGAGUUCCUAUCAGACUGAGAUCGGGCAGACUCUCGACCUCAUCACAGCACCCCAGGGCCAAGUGGAUCUUGGUAGAUACACUGAAAAGAGGUACAAAUCUAUCGUCAAGUACAAGACAGCUUUCUACUCUUUCUACCUGCCUAUCGCGGCUGCCAUGUACAUGGCUGGAAUUGAUGGGGAGAAGGAACACGCUAAUGCCCUGAAGAUCCUGCUGGAGAUGGGCGAGUUCUUCCAGAUCCAGGACGACUACCUUGAUCUCUUUGGAGACCCCAGUGUGACCGGAAAGGUCGGCACUGACAUCCAGGACAACAAAUGCAGCUGGCUGGUGGUUCAGUGUCUGCUACGAGCCACUCCUCAGCAGCGCCAGAUCUUAGAGGAGAAUUAUGGGCAGAAGGACCCAGAAAAAGUGGCGCGGGUGAAAGCACUGUACGAGGAGCUGGAUCUGCGGAGUGUGUUCUUCAAGUACGAGGAAGACAGUUACAACCGCCUCAAGAGUCUCAUAGAGCAGUGCUCCGCGCCCCUGCCCCCAUCCAUCUUCCUGGAACUAGCAAACAAGAUCUACAAGCGGAGAAAGUAACCUCGAAUUGUAGAGGCUGCGAGGGAGGGGUCUCAAUAAAUUAUUGUUCAAC